GUCGCACUUUGAAAAAAAAACAGAAUCGUGUGCUUUUAGAAAAGAGUGUUGUACAACUGUUUAUUCAAGUGUCGAAAAAAAGAAAUCUAUUAGAAUUGACUGAGACACUCGUAUAUACGAUUGCUAUUUAAAUAUCAUGUUGAUCUCCGUCUGUGCCUUGUUGCUACUUACCUUGCCUUUUACGCUAAACGCCCUCCAUUUGGGAGAGGAGGGCUUCAUCUUUGUUUGUCAACUUUUUGCGCCCUAACUCUUCUUCAAGUGUGCAUACAACUGAAGGUUGGCUACGUUGUUUGCGUUCCUUGUCUACCAUGGGACAAUGGGGGGGUUUCGUUUAGGUCUAUUGCUUUGUAUUUUAGCACCUCAAGUAGAAUAUCUUCAAGGAAGAUAUCAUUACCAUGGGUAUCCUCGUCAAUCUUUGAAAACUUCUACAGAUGUGAAUAUCCAUUCGUUUUUGAUUUUACUAACACUCUCAUUACUGUUGACCUAGAGUACGUUCAAUAUGGGUCUUUUUUUUUUUCCUUUUUUACGAUACCUUAGACAAUGUGUCUUUUCCAGUUACAUGUUUCAUAUCCCCCUGGAUUAGCAAUCCUAUAUCAAUUUUCUUAUAUGUUUCAAUAUUCGAUUUGAUUGGUUACACAUAAAAUCUAGUUAAAUGACCUUUUGUGUUAUACUCAUGACAAAAACAUUGGAAUAAUUUCUUUUCUUUUUGACACAGAAUGUAGACUAUAAUGAAUGCCUGAAUUUUUAUACUUCUUUACUUGAUAAUAAUAGAAUUCUAAAAUUGAAUAGUCAAGGUACAUACUUGAAGAUAUCUUCAUACAACCUAUAGCUGAAUUUUAAGGGUAAUUCGCAGUUCUACAUAUUUAUGCAUAUAAUCAUCAAUAGUUUUUACUAUAAAAUAAUAAUAAAAAUCUCUCUCAAAUUAUUUGCAUAUAAUAAUGCCAUUAU